AUGGAGGCUGCAAACAAAGAUUUCUCAGAGAAUAUUGGCAGACUAACAUCAAACAUUGAAAAACUGACAAAUUCAGUUACAGAUCUGUUUGUGCUUAUGAGACAGUCAAUGGCCCAGAAUCCGUUUGUUGCACCACCGCCACCAUCACAUAACAGCUCACACCAUCAGCAGCAUUAUGGUUACCUCUAUGCUCCAGUUGGAAAAUGGGACAAGCCUUUUAACCGAGAAACAACCAGUGAGAGUACAUUUCAUAUAGAUGAUAAGACCACCGUUCCAGUGCAAAUGCUGCACCAGUAUGAACGUCUCAAAGUCUAUUAUGAUGCUGAAUUGUCCACUAAAGUCCUCUGUCUUGACUACAACGAUUCCUUCUCCAUGUUUCUGGCUGUCCCAGAUGUUCACAUGGGGCGAAAAACCAUCAAAGAUCUAGAGAUGACAGUCUCUAGACAGCACAUUGAAAAGUGGAGGAGAAGUGUAUCUGAACGAAAAGUUGACAUCUACGUCCCCAAGCUUUCUCUGAAAACAUCAUACUCCCUGAAGGAUAUUUUGAAGGGAAUGGGAAUGGCUGAUAUGUUUUCAGAUAAAGCCGACUUUACAGGAGUUUCAGAGGAAAAGAUCUUCGUUUCAAAAGUUUUGCAUAAAGCCACUCUGGAUAUCGAUGAGAAAGGAACCACCGCAGCAGCAGUGACAACAGUUCAUUUAAGAUUUAUGUCCUACAGCCCAAUGAGUGAUUUGAGAUUUGAUCGCCCAUUCAUGAUCUUUAUCACGGAUCAAACAAAUUACAACAUCCUUUUCUUUGGGAAAGUGGUCAACCCAAAUGAAAAACUAUGAUGUGGCCCACAACAUGUUAAAACAAUGUUAGCCAGUAGGUGGAAACCAUUUAACAACUGCUGUGCCAUAUAUUGCUGACUUCCUGCAGAGUUCAGUUCUUAUUGUUAUAAAACAGCUGGAUCAGCUAAUGUAGGUGAUGGUGGGAAAUAAAAUGCAAAAAACUGGACUUGCAACACAGGG